AUGGAUGGGUCGGCUCUUACCAGCUGCGCCGCGGUAAUAAUCCUUCUUUUCCUGCCGUUGGGCGCAUCCGACGACCGGCUUGUGCCCGGCAGGGCGCUCUCCCCGGGCAACACCAUCGUUUCUGAUGAUGGUGGAUUUGCCUUGGGCUUCUUCAACCCCUCCAAUUCCACUCCGGCUAGGCUGUACCUAGGCGUAUGGUACAACGACAUCCCCGAGCUCACCGUUGUGUGGGUCGCCAACCGAGAUACUCCGGUCACCAACACAACUUCCUCAGCACCGAAGCUCUCCCUCACCAACAACUCUAAUCUGGUUCUCUCCGACGGUGAUGGCGGCAGCCGUGUCAUUUGGAUGACAGCCAACAUGGCUACUGCUAUGGUCUCGUCUACCCCGACGGCGGUGCUUCUAAACACCGGUAACCUCGUCAUCCGAUCGUCAAAUGGCACCAUGCUGUGGCAGAGCUUCGACCACCCCACAGACACGUUCCUUCCCAGCAUGAAGCUUGGCAUAAACUACAGGACACUUACCACCACCGGGCGCAUGGUAUCCUGGAAAGACCCCAGCAACCCCUCGCGGGGGCGCUUCUCCUAUGGUAGCGACACAAAUAAGUCGGUCCAAUUAUUCCUGUGGGACGGCGAGCACCCGGUAUCUCGUGCGCCCCCAUGGACAGGGUAUCUAGGCAAACAACAACUACUUGCAGCCACAAAUAUCAGCGAUCUUAUCAUCUACCUAGCCUAUGUUGACAAUGACGAUGAGGCAUACAUCUCUUAUAGCCUCUCCGAGGGCGCCCCACGCACCAGGAUUGUGCUAACCUACUAUGGCGAGUUUCAGGCUCAAAGCUGGAGCAGUAGGUCAUCCGCAUGGGUUGUCCUUUGGAAAUUUUCAACAGUUGAGUGCAGCCGUUACAAUUACUGCGGCCCAUAUGGUUACUGUGACGAGACGGCCACAGCACCCACGUUGGCAACAUCCAAGUGCCUUGAUGGCUUUGAACCGAGUAGCACGGAGGAGUGGACCAGCGGCAAAUUCUCGGCGGGGUGCCGACGGAAGGAAGCACUGCGAGGAUGCAGUGACGGCUUCGUUGCCUUGCCGGGAAUGAAGUCACCUGAUAGGUUUUUACUUUUAGGUGGAGGUAGGAGUAAGUAUGAGGAGUGUGCGGCGGAGUGCAGCCGCAAUUGCUCCUGUGUGGCAUACGCGUUCGCCAACCUGAGCAGCGGUGCUCGGUUGGGAGGACAUGUGACGAGGUGCUCGGUGUGGUCUGGGGAGUUAAUGGACACGGGAAAGGUAGGGGAGCUCAACGGCGAGACACUCUAUCUUCGACGUGCAGGCAUGGGUGAAAGUGGAACAAAAGGUAAAAGAACAAAGAGCAAUGCAGUGAGGAUUGGACUGCCAAUUGUAGGCUCUGGUAUUCUGGUACUCGUAUGCAUCUCCUUUGCAUGGUUAAUACUCAGAGGCAAGAACAAGAAAGGGACAAAGCGAAAGAAGAUAAGAUUUGAGGGUAUGAGUAUAUCUGAUGAAUUUGAAAAUGAAAACCCUCCUCAUGAUCAAGAAUUUCCAUUCGUAAGAUUAGAAGAAAUUGCCCUCACAACCCACAAUUUCUCUGAACUAUGCAUGAUUGGACGCGGAGGCUUUGGUAAAGUAUACAAGGGAAUGUUAGGUGGUCAAGAAGUUGCAAUCAAGAGGCUAAGUAGAGAUUCUCAGCAAGGAACACGAGAAUUUAGGAAUGAAGUGAUUCUAAUUGCCAAAUUGCAACAUAGAAACUUGGUUCGACUUCUUGGAUGCUGCAAUGAGGGAGAUGAAAAGCUGCUGAUAUACGAGUAUCUGCAAAAUAAGAGCUUAGAUGCUACCCUUUUUGAUGAGUCAAGAAAAUUGCUCUUGGAUUGGGCGACACGGUUUCAUAUAAUCAAAGGGGUUGCAAAAGGACUUCGAUAUCUUCAUGAAGACUCAAGGUUCACCAUAAUUCAUAGAGAUCUCAAAGCUGGAAAUGUUUUGUUAGAUGCAGAUUUUAAACCCAAGAUAGCGGAUUUUGGUAUGGCGAGGAUAUUUGGCGAUAACUUGGAACAUGCGAAUACCCAACAUGUUGUUGGAACAUAUGGUUACAUGGCUCCUGAGUAUGCAAUGGAAGGUGCCUUCUCUACCAAGUCUGACGUCUACAGCUUCGGCGUUUUAGUACUAGAGGUUGUAACUGGUAUAAGAACAAACUCCAUUAGUCAAACCAUGGGAUUCCCUAGCCUCACAGUUUAUUCAUGGAAUAUGUGGAAGGAAGCUAGGACCAAUGAGCUGCCGGACUCGUCUAUCUUAGAUACUUCACCAGAUGAAGUUCUACUUUGCGUCCAUGUUGCACUCUUGUGUGUCCAGGAGAACCCCGAUGAUAGGCCACUCAUGUCAUCUGUUGUGUUUGUCCUAGAGAACGGAAGCAGCACACUUACAUCCCCCAAUCGCCCGGCCUACUUUGCGAGACAAACUGCUGCAAUGAAUCAAAUCAGAACUGAUGUCCAGACAUCCGUGAACAGUUUUACUCUUACUGAGAUAGAGGGACGAUGAAACAAAUCUGUAGUUUUA